AUGAGCUCCACACCGAAUAAUGACGUGGAGCAAAUGUAUCAGGAAUUAACUCAAGCCUUCAGCCCAUUCAUCGCGUGGAAGGCUGCAGUUCCACCUCACCAAGGCAAGGAGACAACAACUCAAGGUUUCAUCAGCGAGAAUUCAUUUGAUGGUGUGAGUUCCAUCAUGCAGCAACCCGUGGGCACGCCGCUGCGUCAUCUCCUACCGAGGAGCGGAUCCCCGCGCACAAUUACCUGCACGCACGGAACUUCCAAACGAAACGUUGUGAUUAGUGAUAAAAGUGACCACGUCGGCAGGUGUGAUGAAGCUUCCGCGUAUGGAGGUAAUUCGUUCAGUGGAAAGGGGGAUCGACACAAUGGCAGUUCCGCCAUUGAGGAGCGUCUCACGCACAUCCUUCGCAGUCACAGAACUAUGGCGGAGAGUAUUGAGUUGGAUAAUGCGAGUGCAAGUAUCGAUGGACUAAAUGAAGAAAUCAAACAUCUUACGACAAUGGAGUGGAGUCCUCACGCAGGUAACGGUGGGGACGAGGUGAACGGGUCAUUCCCUACCAAUAUAUCAUCAUCAUCGUCGUCAUCAUACUCAUGUUGGCUGUGCGGGGCGCCGUGCAGUAAUGCGCUUGGAUGGUUAAAUGCACCAAAUAUCUUUAGGCGCCCCAUCGUAGCACGUGCACGACCGCAUCUAUUGCAAGCAAACGAUAGAAGUACAACACACUCCACCACCAUCUCGCUCCUUACCUUAUGUAGGAGGUGUGGCGACGUAUGUGAUUCUCUACUCAAUGCGCCAUACGAAGAGGUGUUGCGCAUAGCCAAUGAGGGGAACCGAAUGGCAGCAGCCCGGACACCGUUGUUUAUUUGCUUUUUGAGGUCAUAUAAGUCUCUCAUACAUUUUCUCGCGUCAGAAGCCAAGUUGGAUAAUGAAGGGGCGGAAACUUUUGCAGAAUGUCCGCUGGAAACCCGUGUCAGUAUUCUUCAACGAAUGAUUGGAAUGGUUGAAUCGUACGUAAGGGUGGAGGGCCACGCCUCAUGUGAUGGAAACGUUCGAGGUUCUAUUAAAACACCCUCGGAUUUGGAGGAACGUCACCUUUAUGAAAGAGAACUAGAGUGGCUGAGAAAGCAAUUGCAUAUGCUCGGUUACACUGGUUUGUCCCAUAAGAAUGCUGUGGAAGGUCCUCCACCAAAUGGCGGUAAUGGUGUUGAUGACCAUGAGCACAGCACAUACGGGCACGCUGUCAUCAGCGAGCACCAGUGGACUAUUCCAGAAUUGGGUGCUGUGACAUCACGUAGUACGUCACUUCAUCCCAAUGAGCGUUUAUCCCCCUUGUUGGACUCCAGACAAUGUAGGAAGGACACGUUAAUUGUUGCCACACCGCAGGAUGGGCAACUUGUGCAGGAACAUGAAAAGCGGCGUCAGGAACUCGUUGCGGAGGCUCGAGAACGCGGCAGUAGGGCGUUGGAUAAAAUGAUCGAGCGUGCGGUGACAUAUCGAUUAAAGAGAAUCCAUAAUCAUGACGUCUUGGUGUCGGCGAGUUCCGCAACAGCGGACGGUACGCGCUGCCAUUCGGACGGAGAUAGUGGUGAAGGCAAGGCAGUCACGGCUGCGACUGCCACGAAUGUAUAUCCUAAAAACAUGGAAAAUAAAGAAGGGGUACAACCUAGUGUAUUUUUAUGUGGUGGAAAAGACGCGGAUAAUAUUCUCAUGCAGUACUUCGAGGGAAAACUGGACAAAGUCCCGCGGUUGACAAUAUACCCUCACGAAGUGUCUGGUACCUUCAGGGAGCGGGCGGUGACUGCCACAAGCCCGAGUGUUUUAAGAGAUUCAGGUGACGGCCAACUGCAGAUGGCUCAAACGAGGAAGGAACAAGAAAGCAUUCUGACAAUGAGCAAUGACUUACCUUUUUGCCUACAUACGGUUGACAAUGGCAUGAUUGAGUUUGCCGCUCUCUCGCGGGAGGAGUUGAUGAAGCGGCUGCGCAAAGAAAUACAGCGCCGCGGUGAGGCGGAAAGGGCCCUGCGCGAGAGCAACGCACAAAUAGCUGUUCUCGAAAAGGCGACGGAUCAUAUGUCCGAGGUAAUUCUUUCACACAGAAUGAACUCAAUUUUGGCCAACCAUCUCUCUUCUAUGCACCAACUGCACCGCUCUAUGGUUCAAAAUUGUGUAGAGAUAACCGUGCAGAAGUCAUUGUUUUUUGCCGAUGAAAUGGUGAUAUUAAUGAGACAAGCGCAGAAUUGGUUUUAUAGUCGGCCUAUUGAAUGUCAAUUAGGUCAGUCGGCACGUUCUUCAGAUACAAUCACCAGUGAAGAGGAACGCGACGGUCGGGAGGGCGAUGAGGAGGAAACUGAAAAGGUGCGAAGGAUGAAUUAUGGUGAUUCGGCUCGUACCAGCGAUGGUGGAAAAAAGGAAGGGAUACAGGGAAGGACUUCUGUCGUGAGAGAUGUACCGAUAACACAGUUCCCCGUGUCGUUGCAUUUAAAACCCCUCCACACCCGUACAAGUCCCUCUGCAUCGUAG